AUGGCUUAUUUACACAAUGUGACUGAGUUCAUUUUUCUAGGACUUUCGCCCAACCAGAAGUUGCAGAAAAUUUGCUUUGUGAUAUUUCUGCUCUUGUACACAGCAAUUAUACUGGGGAAUUUCCUCAUUGUUCUCACUGUCAUGAUCAGCAGAAGUCUUGGAUCCCCCAUGUACUUCUUCCUCAGUUACCUGUCCUUCGUGGAGAUCUGCUACUCCUCCACUACAGCUCCCAAACUCAUCUCAGACCUGCUGGCUGAAAGGAAAUCCAUAUCCCUGUGGGGAUGCAUCACACAGAUUUUCUUCCUCCAUUUCUUUGGUGGCAUUGAGAUGUUCCUGCUCACAGUGAUGGCCUAUGACCGCUAUGUAGCCAUCUGCAAGCCCCUGCACUACACAAGCAUCAUGAACCGGCAGGUGUGUGCUGUCCUCCUGGGAACAGCAUGGACAGGAGGCUUUGUGCAUUCCCUUGCCCAAAUCCUUCUCAUUUUCCAUUUGCCCUUCUGUGGCCCCAAUGUCAUCAACCACUAUUUCUGUGAUGUACUUCCUCUGCUUAAACUUGCCUGCUCAGAUACCUUCCUCAUUGGUCUGCUGAUCGUUGCCAAUGGAGGAACUCUGUCUGUUAUCAGUUUUGUAGUUCUCUUAGCAUCCUAUGUGGUCAUUUUGCUCCACCUGAGGACUCGGAGCUCUCAGGGGCGAUGCAAAGCCCUCUCCACAUGUGGGUCCCACGUUUCUGUUGUUAUAUUAUUCUAUGCACCCUGCGUCUUCAUCUAUCUGAGGCCUUCUUCCACUACGUCUAUUGACAAGAUGGUGGCCCUGUUCUACACAGUGAUAACUCCACUCCUCAACCCUGUCAUCUACUCCCUGAGAAAUGCUGAAGUGAAGAAGGCCAUGAAGGUUCUAUGGAUCAAGACAAUGAAACUGGUUAGGAAUAGAGGUUGGGUGUGGGUUUUCAUCCUUAGAUGUGAAAUGUUGAGUCCAAACUGA